AUGAGACCCCUUCAGGUUUCAGUCCUCGGCCUCUUUGCCUCUGUAGCCGGCACAACCGCCGUGCCUCAGAAUGUGAAGAGAGACGCCCAGUUCAACGUCGGCCAACCCAUCGACGCCAACGGCAAGGGCGGUCCGAUCCUCGGCGGCACCGACAAUCAGGUCGACAGAGACAACCCCGACAACCUCGGCCAGCAGCCGACCGACAACGGCGUUGUGCCAAACUUGAAAUGGAGGUUCUCGGACUCCAAGACCCGAAUCCUCAACGGGGGCUGGGUGCGCGAGCAGGUCAUUCAGGACCUGCCCCAGAGCCACGACAUCGCAGCCGCCCAGCAGCACCUCAAGAAGGGCGCCAUUCGAGAGCUACACUGGCACAAAGUCGCCGAAUGGGGCAUUGUAUACUCCGGGAGCGUUAUCAUCGGGGCGGUCGGUGAGGACGGCAAGAGCCAGGUCGAAAAGCUCAACUACGGUGACAUCUGGUACUUCCCCAAGGGGGCUGCUCACUACAUCCAGGGGGUCGACGACGAGAACGAGUAUCUUCUCGCCUUUGACGAGGCCGACUUCGACAAGAUCGGUACCACCUUCAACAUUGUCGACUGGCUGGCCCGCACCCCGAGAGACAUCCUGGCCAGGAACUUUGGAGUCGACCGCUCCGUCUUUGACAAGCUGCCGACCACGAACCCGUACAUCCUCAAUGGGACGGUGGCUACCACCAACGUGACAGUCAGUCCGGACCAGUAUCUCUCGGGCAACAGCUCGUUCGUGUAUCGCACAUUCGAGCACCCGCCCGAGGUGGUCCCCGGCAACGGCGGCGAAUUCAGAAAGAUCGAUUCGACCAACUUCCCGAUUAGCAAGACGAUUGCAGCCACGUUUGUCACGCUGAAGCCUGGGGGCCUACGAGAGCUGCACUGGCAUCCCAAUGCUGAGGAGUGGCUCUACUUUCACAAGGGGACGGCCAGGGCGACUGUCUUCAUCGGAAGCACGGCGGCAAGGACCUUUGACCUAGCGGCGGGCGACACCUUCGUCGCCCCGGAUAACUCGGCGCAUUAUAUCGAGAAUACCUCCGACACGGAGGACCUGGUAUGGAUCGAACUGUACAAGUCGGACAGGGUGGUAGACAUUUCCCUGGCCCAAUGGCUAGCUCUCACACCGCCUGAAGUUGUAGCGCAGACGCUCAAGGUCCCGGUUGAAUUUGUCGGGCAGUUGAAGAAGGAGAAACAGAUAUUGAUCUAG